GUAGCAUGAAGCGCAAGCCGGCUGCACGUCCCGUCGCAGAAGCAGCAGCAGCCCGCCCCGACGAUAUGUUCGGCCUGAUGCUCGAUCCGGUCGUGCCCGCCGGGCAGGCCGUCCCACCGCCACCACCAGACGCCUCCGUUGCUCCUGCUGCUGCGACGGCAGACGCUCGCUUCACGCUGCGUUCGGUGGUCUCCUUCGAGUCCAAGGCCGACGGCGAAAAGCUGCAUCCGAUCGAUGCGAAACGAAAACUUGAGAAGUCGCUCGCGGAGAUUAAGGCGGCGAAGCUAGCGAGAAGAGCGGAGCGGCAGGCGCGGAGACCGGCUGCGAGCAGAGCGUGAGUCGGAGCGCCUGUGGAGUCGACGGCGGCAGUGCUCGAAGAGGGAAGGAAGACGGCCCGCGACGACAAGCGCCGGCCCCGGCGGGCGUCACAGCUGGCGGCGGCUGGAGCGCUGGGACGCGGGCUGUUCCACGCGUGUCCUGGCGCGCUUCACCCGGACGAGCAGCAAAGGUGUCACCAGCGCCCAGGAGCUCGUCUCUGCCGCGACACGGCCGACGGGUGAACGGCGUGGUGUGUGUUUUGUGUAGCCCCGCCCCGCACUGCAGCGCAUUUACCGGGACCGCUGCGAAAUUGUUGCUCCCUCCUCCCGAUCACCCCGCAUGUGCCAUGCCACCGGCCGCACCCCUGGCAGGGCCCCGCCCUGGUCCCUCUCCCUGGUCUCGUGCACGGCCUCCACGAGGGCCUUCUCAUGCGUCGCUUUUAUCCUUAUAUGUCAGUACGUACGGC